UCAAGGGCACAGGUGCAUCUGAAUCAAAAGAACCCCCCUUCAUUUUCAAAUUAUGAGAAUCGAAUCCGCAAAGGACAUGUAUCCGUCUCUUUCUGUCUUUAAGCAGAAAUCCACUUAACUUUAUUUAUUGUGGAAAAAACAAUUAUUUAUAUAUCAACAACCACAUGUGCAUGUGCAUUUGAAAACCACCAUCCCUCUGUUUCUCCAUUUUUUUUUUUUUUAUGGAGAUGACUGAAAUACACUAUCCCAUUAAAUGAAAUAAAUAAUCUCUCUCUCUCUCAACUCGCAAACAAAACCCACUUCGACGCUUCUCUUGAAUUGGGUCUGUUUGGGUCAAGGAGAUGGCGUCAAUGUCUUCCUUGAUCCCCAAAACCCAAUUGGGCGAGACGGGUUUUCUCCUAUCAUCAUCACCCGCCCUCAAACCAAUCCGAAACCCUUCUCUCUCAAAUUCAAAUUUCAUGAGAAGCAUCAGUUUCCAAAGUGGAAGAAGAACCAAAUUAGCAGGAAACAGGGCAUGUGUGAAGAGAGAGGGAAGCGCCUUAUCAGUUUCUUGUAAGCUGAUUGAGCCAGAUGGUGGGCAAUUGGUUGAGCUCCUGGUUCCUGAUUCCAAGAGAGAGAAUAAGAAGAGAGAGGCAAUGGGGUUGCCUAAAAUCAAGCUGUCAAGGAUUGAUUUACAGUGGGUACAUGUUCUGAGUGAAGGAUGGGCGAGCCCGCUUCGCGGGUUCAUGCGCCAGUCUGAGUUCCUCCAAACUCUUCAUUUUCAUUCACUUCGAUUGAGUGAUGGUUCGGUUGUUAACAUGUCGGUGCCCAUUGUGCUCGCCAUUGAUGACAGUCAGAAAGAUGAUAUUGGGCAUGCCAGCAGCGUCUCUCUCGUUGAUUCAAAUUACAGGCCUAUUGCUAUACUUAACAACAUUGAAAUUUACAAGCACAACAAAGAAGAGAGGAUUGCAAGAACAUGGGGGACCACUGCCCCUGGUCUUCCUUAUGUAGACGAAGCAAUAACCAAUGCAGGUAAUUGGCUUAUUGGUGGUGACCUCGAGGUCAUAGAGCCAAUAAAGUACAAUGAUGGCCUUGAUCAGUAUCGGCUCUCCCCCUCUCAACUCCGUAAUGAAUUCGAAAAGCGUGGGGCCGAUGCUGUAUUUGCUUUCCAGCUCCGAAAUCCAGUUCACAAUGGUCAUGCCUUGCUUAUGACUGAUACUCGAAGGCGCCUCCUCAAGAUGGGUUAUAAGAACCCAAUUCUAUUGCUUCACCCCUUGGGUGGCUUCACAAAGGCUGAUGAUGUUCCCCUCAGCUGGAGGAUGAAGCAACAUGAGAAGGUUCUUGAAGAAGGUGUUCUAAAUCCGGAUACUACAGUUGUGGCAAUCUUCCCCUCUCCCAUGCAUUAUGCGGGCCCAACUGAGGUGCAAUGGCAUGCUAAGUCUCGGAUAAAUGCUGGGGCAAACUUUUAUAUAGUAGGUAGAGACCCUGCUGGUAUGAGCCAUCCUGUAGAAAAGAGGGAUCUUUAUGAUGCAGAUCAUGGAAAAAUGGUAUUGAGUAUGGCUCCUGGACUUGAGAGACUCAACAUAUUGCCUUUCAGGGUUGCAGCCUAUGAUAAAAAACAGAUGAAAAUGGAUUUCUUUGACCCGUCAAGGCCUCAGGAUUUCCUCUUUAUUUCUGGCACUAAGAUGCGCACUCUUGCGAAGAAUCGUGAGAACCCACCUGAUGGGUUCAUGUGCCCUGGCGGGUGGAAAAUAUUGGUUGAAUACUAUGACAGUUUGGCUCCCAAAGAAACCGGCAAGUUUCGUGAAGCUGUUCCAGUUUAGAGCACCACUUUAGACUGCUUAAACUGUCUCACUAUGAAUUAUAAAUAAAAAUUGCAGUCUUGUUGAAGGAAAGAGACCUUAUCUAUGUGUUGCACCUGUAUAGUAGUUUGAAUUAUCAACUGUGUGAGGAUAUGUUGUGAGAAAAUGUUGUAAAUGGUUUGCUGUUAAUCUCUAUGUUCGAGGUGUAUUGUUCUUGUUUC